AUUCCGGGCACCACGAUCCUCUAAAUAAGUCUGCAGCCCUGGGUUUUCCAGUAAACAACAGAGACUCAUCUGCAGACCAUCAUCAAACAUUACGCCAUCCUCCGGAUGUUUUUUUUUUUUUUUUUUUUUCUUUUCGGCUGCCAGCAGCAGCAGUUGCAUGCUCUGCCCAGUCAGACCGUGUGCAUCAGCCGGGACUGGUGGGAGGACGCGGGCUCCGACUGCAGCAGCGCCGCGGUGUGUGGAUGAGCGGAGCCGCCUGCAGGCCAGCGUCGCCAGCGUCGCCGCGGCGGCUGAUGCGCGCAGCUGCGGCCGCGGGGACCGAGACGGUCUCUGUCCCGGGGAUACCGUCUCCUUACGUGACUACCAGCCCUCAGGCUCCGCUGGACCUAUAAUAAUAUAUAUAAGGCUCGCAGGGAGGGAGGGAGGGGGCCUACCGCGGUACCCCGCCCGUCUCGCCUCAGUCGGACUGCAGGGAAAAGGGAGCUAAACCGUGAAAUCCCCGCACAGAGAGGUGGCAGCGCCCUCCGUCCCGCAGCUCUGCGGCAAAACAAGGCCGUCAUCGCCGCUGGAUAACGGCUAAGAAUGUGACUGUUUGUGGAAACUGCCAACUUGGACAGCCGGAGAGGGUGUCGGCAGAUCUGAGAAUUGCACGUAUUCUUUCUACCAAAUCACAAAAGGAACAGCAGCAUGCAUCAUAGUUCUCACAUCCAGCCAGUUCAAUAAGAAGCUUCUCCAAGUCUGCACCUUCUUGGAUCUUGGUCUUUUGUGGUUUUUGCUCCUCAUAAUUGCCUUCUCUCCAGUCACACAAAAUGCGUCCUUCCCUCGCCACGGCGGUUCUACCCCCCAGGACCCGUUCCCACAAUCCACCAAACCUGUCCGUGGGAGGCCGGGAACACCUGUCAGCCCCACGCAGGCGCAGCCCUCACCUGCGGCACACCCUCAGCCCCGAAAACCUGCGGACUCUGGCGGAGAGGGGGGGUGGAUCCAUCGAUACCACCUCGGUCGUCAGCGGUCCCAUCGGGCUCACGCGAGCCAACAGCGACACAGACCUGGUAACGUCCCAGAGUCGGUCUUCGCUAACGGCCUCCACUCUGGACCACACCCUGAACCGAGGCCAGAACCUUGUAAUAUCCUGGGACAUCAAGGAGGAAGUGGACGCUACCGACUGGAUCGGGCUGUACCACAUCGAUGAAACCAGUCCAUCCAACGUGUGGGAUUGUAAAAACAGAGGGGUAAAUGGCACCCAGAAGGGUCAGAUUGUCUGGCGGUUGGAGCCUGGGCCCUAUUUUAUGGAGCCGGAGACGAAGAUCUGCUUCAAGUACUACCAUGGAGUGAGUGGAGCACUGAGAGCCACGACCCCCUGCAUCACUGUGAAGAAUCCAGCAGUCCUGGUGGACGGGCUGGCAGAGCAGGUGGGCAUUGAGCAUCCUCGGAAACUGAUCAGCUUUACCCUGACAGAUCUGCGUGCCACUGGCUUGAAGAAGGGCAUGUUUUUCAAUCCUGACCCCUAUCUGAAGAUGUCAAUCCACCCCGGGAAGAGGAGUGUCUUUCCAGUCUUUAGUCAUCAUGGACAGGAGCGCCGGUCAGCCAUCAUCGCCAACACCACAAACCCUGUCUGGCAUGGAGAGAAAUACACAUUUGUGGCACUGAUGACAGACAUCCUCUACAUCGAGGUGAAGGACAAGUUUGCAAAAAGCCGACCGAUCAUCAAGCGCUUCCUCGGUCAGCUCACGAUCCCUGUGCAGCGGCUCAUUGAAAAAAUACCGGGAAUCCAGCCCGUGAGUUUCCCCCUGUGUCGGCGCUUGCCCACCGAACAUGUAAGCGGACAGCUGCAGUUCAGAGUUGAGCUAACUUCAACUGGGCCGGAUGGUGCCUCUCCUGACUCUAUUAUUGGCAUUUCAUCCCUGAACGGAGCUCCAGGAACUCCAUCUGACGACGAGGACUUGCCCCAUCAUCUUCCGGGCAUGAUCUCAGCAGGCCCUUCCCCUACCGGCUCCCACGGCUCCCACAGCUUGUGGGAAGGGGGAGCCACAGCGGGCCCAGAAAAACGUUACUCCCUCGUCGGAGCAGAGGCUAGAUUUGUAGACGCUGAAAGUCUUCUGGGCCAUGAAAUGCUCCAGAGAUCACUCAUUGAGGGCCUGGAUGCCAUUGAGGCCCCGAAAGGCCCUGGCGAGAGACCGCUGGGUGCUGCCUCACCUAAACUCCGCUCAAGUUUCCCCACACACACAAGGCUGAGUUCCAUGUUACACAUAGAUUCGGAUGAGGACGACGAUAGAUCUGGGAUUAAUGACUUCCCUCCAAUGCCGUUGUCACCAUUGCUGGUGAACGGAGAACCUCCGGACCUCGGGGCUACCGAUGAAGACGACCCGUUUUCUGAACUUCAGCCGGAGCCCGAGCAGCUGCAACAACCUGCGCGCGAAGAGGAGCCGGCGGCCGCUGGUGCUGUAACAGAAAACGUGCCAGCUGAGCCGGAUGUGGCCCCAGGUAUGCAGACAGAUGUGGAUUUGGAGGACGCUUUGGAGACAGAUGUUUUCCUUGAGGUGGACGAGGUUCCAUUCACAGAGGCUGGAACCAAUAAUGCCUUGCCAGAAGGUGGAGAGGCAGCUGAACAAGUUAGGGCGCUUGGUGAGGACCCGCCGUCAGAGCUUGACAGCUGCUCCAUGGCAACAGCUCCUCAGACUGUUGCCUCGUCUUCAGAGAGCUGUCCAAUCACACUAACCACUGCUAUGGAAGCAGAUGAAGGAGCAGAGACAGCCAUCGAUCCAGGGGGAGACUUGGAGUCGGGGCCCCCACAGACCACUCAAACUGUAGAUGAUGAAGGGGGUGGGCAAGCAGCAGCAGCAGCUGCUGAGCCUGAAAGAGACGCUCCGUCCACCAGCGGGCAACAGGAGGUGGAGCAGCUCAGUGUGAGGAGGCUGAGCCUGCAGGCUGCAGGGGGGGUGGCCGAGGAGCCGGAAGGAAAGGAGACAAAGACGAGUGAGGAGGUGGGGCCUGUGGAUUCUGAGCAAGUUACCACGGAAACGGACAGAGAGGAAGGAGCCCACGUCAACGGCCAUCCGGUGCGUUCACUUCCCUCUGUGCGUCAUGACAUCCAUCGAUACCAACGUGUGGACGAGCCUCUACCUCCCAACUGGGAGGCUCGGAUUGACAGCCAUGGGAGGAUCUUCUUCGUGGACCACGUGAACAGGACCACCACAUGGCAGCGUCCCACUGGGCCUCCCGCCCCGCAGGGCCUGACCCGCUCCAACUCCAUGCAGCAGAUGGAGCAGCUCAACCGCAGAUAUCAGAGCAUCAGGAGGACUAUAACCAGCAGUGAGCGACCAGAAGAAAGCUCAGCUGACCUGCUUCCUGAACCAGAAGGCGAUCUGAUGCCUCAGUCUAUUCCUGAUUACCGUCGAGACAGUGCCGUCGCUCACUCCAGCUCACGCUCACGCCUCUCCCUGCUGCUCCAGUCACCCAGCGCCAAGUUCCUGUGCAGCCCAGACUUCUUCACCGUGCUGCAUUCAAACCCUAGUGCCUAUCGCAUGUUUACGAGCAACACCUGCCUGAAGCACAUGAUCAGUAAGGUGCGUCGAGAUGCUCAUUACUUUGAGCGCUACCAGCACAAUCGCGACCUCGUCACCUUCCUCAACAUGUUCGCCAACAAGCAGCUGGAGCUUCCUCGGGGCUGGGAGAUGAAGCAUGACCACACCGGGAAGCCUUUCUUUGUGGAUCACAAUUGUCGCUCCACAACCUUCAUUGACCCCCGGCUGCCUCUCCAGAGCUCCCGCUCCACAGGGCUGCUGGCCCACCGCCAGCACCUGAGCCGCCAGCGCAGCCACAGUGCUGGAGAGGUGGUGGAUGACUCUCGCCAAAGCAACCCACCCGUGGUGCCCCGCCCCUCCAGCACCUUCAGCGGCUCCAGCAGGGGCCAGUACCACGACGUGGUGCCAGUGGCCUACAACGACAAGAUAGUGGCGUUUCUACGGCAACCUAACAUUUUCGAGAUCCUGCAGGAAAGGCAGCCCGAGCUUGCCAGGAACCACUCGCUCAAGGAGAAGGUGCAGUUUAUUCGCACUGAGGGAGUAAAUGGGCUGGCUCGUCUCUCUAGUGAUGCUGACCUCGUCAUGCUGCUGAGCUUAUUUGAGGAGGAGGUGAUGUCGUAUGUGCCACCGUUGCUUCACCCUGGUUACUGCAUCUCUUCUCCUCAGAGCUCACCCGGUACACAGCGAGCGAACGCUCGAGCUCCUGCUCCCUAUAAGCGAGACUUUGAGGCUAAACUGAGGAACUUCUAUCGAAAGUUGGAGACAAAGGGUUAUGGACAGGGACCGGGGAAAGUCAAGCUCAUCAUACGCAGAGACCACCUGCUUGAGGAUGCCUUCAACCAGAUCAUGUGCUACUCCCGCAAAGACUUGCAGAGAAGUAAACUCUACGUCAGCUUUGUGGGCGAGGACGGGCUGGACUACAGUGGACCCUCCAGAGAGUUUUUCUUCUUGGUGUCUCGAGAACUUUUCAACCCGUAUUAUGGCCUGUUUGAGUACUCAGCCAAUGACACGUAUACUGUCCAGAUAAGCCCCAUGUCUGCCUUUGUCGACAACCACCACGAAUGGUUUCGCUUCAGUGGGCGCAUCUUGGGGCUUGCUCUUGUUCAUCAGUAUCUGCUGGAUGCCUUCUUCACACGUCCGUUCUACAAAGGUCUCCUACGCAUUCCGUGUGACCUGAGCGACCUGGAGUUCCUCGAUGAGGAGUUCCACCAGAGCCUGCAGUGGAUGAAGGACAAUGACAUUGAAGACAUGCUGGAUCUUACCUUCACCGUCAAUGAGGAGGUCUUUGGGCAGAUCACAGAGAGAGAGCUGAAGCCGGGCGGGGCUGGUAUCCCCGUGUCAGAGAAGAACAAGAAGGAGUACAUCGAGCGAAUGGUCAAGUGGCGCAUCGAGAGGGGAGUCGCCCAGCAGACGGAGAGCCUGGUCCGAGGUUUCUAUGAGGUGGUGGACGUGCGACUGGUGUCCGUGUUUGACGCCAGGGAGCUGGAGCUGGUUAUUGCAGGGACUGCAGAGAUCGACCUGGCAGACUGGAGGAACAACACGGAGUACAGAGGAGGUUACCAUGACAACCACAUAGUGAUUCGCUGGUUCUGGGCAGCUGUGGAGAGAUUCAACAAUGAGCAGAGGCUGCGGCUGCUGCAGUUUGUGACGGGGACUUCCAGCAUUCCCUACGAGGGGUUCGCUUCCCUACGAGGCAGCAAUGGGCCCCGCAGAUUCUGUGUGGAGAAGUGGGGAAAAAUUACCUCUUUACCGAGGGCUCACACUUGCUUUAAUCGUCUGGACCUCCCCCCCUAUCCCUCCUUCUCCAUGCUCUACGAGAAGCUGGUAACUGCUGUCGAAGAAACGAGCACAUUCGGCUUGGAGUAACUUCGACUCAGCUGCCAUCCACGCUUUACCCCGGAGAGAGAACCAUCUGGAAACCAAUGUUCCUCACUUACGCAGGACAUGGAAGAUAAAACUAACACCCUCAAAAGGCAACUAACCCCCUGUGGAUAACUCGGCUGUUUAUUUGCGACUGGCUAUACAUCAUUCAGCGCCGCAGGCUUCGUUCCAAUUCUCUGCCUUCCUCUCUCAUUUCGACGCUGAUCACGAGAGACUUUCAGAAGGAAAGACGGAGAAUUGAAGGAAUGUUUAAAAAGCUGUACAGAAGACUUUUAACAGUAACUUCACUGAGCCACAUGCGUACCCUGUGUGCUUAGUUAAAGGCCUUGGUUGCUGGAUUAGUUGCACCUCCCCUCCUCUUCUCCUCCUCUGUCUUUAACCUGAACCUCAAAGACAGCUGCUCAAGAACCACCCGGAUCCCUUACCCUCUCUUGACCUAAAAACUGUGUCUGUCCUGCACUGGGCCUACAGCAUUAUGAACUAUAAUAUUCUUUCACACACUCAUCAAUCACCUUUUGCACAAGAUGUAACAUUUUCUUUGUAUUCAUACUACAAACCACUGUUUCCCUGAAGAUUUUAUAUAAUUCUGGAAAGAUUUUAGACUCUGAAGUGAAAGUGACACCCCCCCCACCCCCACCCCACCCCCCUUGCCUGUUCGGUGGAAGAGGAUGCACAGUGUUUGUGCACACAUACAAGAAUCAGUUGGACAAAGACUGAAAAAAUACUGGAUUUAAGUUAUAUAAUUCAACAAAUCAGUGAAUUAUAGUGACAACGAUGGCAGGCUCUGCUCAGGACUGUUACCUGCGAUGUUGCAGAGCUUUUGAACUCAGAAGAUGUAGACACACCUGAGAAAUGCAGUCCUGGUUCUGCAUAGAUGCAACAGCCAGUACCGCAGAAAAAAACAAACAAUCAAAAAAAAUCUGAAAAUAGUACAGUGUUAGCCAGGUACUUUUGGGUGGACAUAAGAGUCUGCUAUAGUAGUACACUUGAGUCAGAUAGAAAUGCAGCAUUCUUGUUUUUCACACAGUUAUGAUGAGCAAUACAUACACUUCCUCACACGGACCGAUGAUGCCGGCUCUGAAGCGUGAGACACAAGCUGCUUCUCAGUGAUGCUUCUCGUCCAAUGAAAGGGAUAUACAGUAUGUGCCGAAUCGGUGACUGGAUGUGUGAGCCUUGAGCAACUUUGCCCUCCCACACCCAAAAGAACAUGUUACACAAGCCUAAGAAGAAAGAGGUACAGCAAAUCAAAUGAGCCCCAGCUGCUGCUGUAGGAGGCGAGAAGAAGCUGGUGAGCCGUAAAACAGGAAAGUGGCGUCAUCUGGGUACCCGGUCAGGGUUCGUCGGUUGGAUUUAAAACAAAAUAAUAAUUUUAGGGGAUCUCGAACCAUGAAGGGGAAUUUGAGGAGAUCCAAAUGUGUUGCAUAUGAAGUAUACCGGUAGUUAAACUGAGGCGGUUGAAAAAUACAGAGAUCACCACUAGGGGGAAACAACGCGCUCUCUCCUGACUGUGGGAACCAAGUGACGCUGAUGUUGUUGGAUAUUGUAUUUUAGAACUUGUAACAUCUAUUCCACUUCUGUUUCAAACGCAUGUGAUAAAACAUUUCCACUUCUACUCAUGUGCACAGCCCAAACUCUGAAGUCCCCUCUCACCUUCACACACUUUUCUACAUGCUGGCACACACAAACUUAACCAUUUUCUACAAGGUGCAUGCAAGAUUACACCUACUGUACAGAAACUUGUUGGAGUCAGACCACCGGGACUGGAUGAGUGGUCGAUAGCUCUCACGUGUUACGUGAUACGCGGAAGCAGACCUUGGUAACGCAGCCCUCCCUCCCCCUCAUCCUCUCCCACUCCAAUACUGCAUGCAGCACCAGGCAGGUGAGCUCUGUGAGCUGAGCCUGGCAGAAACUCCUAGGUGGCGUUGUGUUAUAGCUCGAUAUUGCAUGCUAAAAUAGUGCAACACACUGUCCUUACUAGCUUUUUUUGCAUGAGGAGAUUGCUAAUCCAUUCAGACAACAGGGUGAAGGAGCCGGUUAAGUUGUGCCACUCGGGAUUGUGGCAGUCACUCGAAGCAUACUGCCUCAUGCUUACCUGACACCGUCAUACUUUGCUCUUGAGAACAAGGUGGAAGUGCUUUAAGAAUGGACAUCGCGCGAUUUCAGUUUUCUCUGAGUGUAACGGUGGGUAGUUUGGCAGCAUGUUUCUAAAAUGUUACUUUCACAUUGCGUGUCUGCUUAUCUUAGUAAUAGGCUGAUGGUUAUGGUUCAUUGCUCAUGAUCAAGCAGUGGACCAAUAGGGCUGUUUGAUGUUAGAGAAAUGUGAGAGCACAUGUAGAGGCAUACCAUAUGUGCAGUCUUGAUUGUCUCUUUGUAUAUAAAUGUAUGUGUAUGUCUGUCCUUGUUGUGUGUAUAAAUAUAUAUUUUGCACUGAAUGUACCAAAGGUUUGGGGCUUGCAAAGUCAACCAUAAGGUGUGCUCUCUGUUCAGUCCAACAAACACAUCCCACGUUUGGCUUCUGCCAAAUCCUUACAGAACAUCACUUCACGUUUGCUUGAAAGGCAGAUUUUGUGGCAUGGGCAGCAACGCUUUAGGAUACACACCCCUUAGCCAGUCUGUCAUUCGCGGCAACCGAGCUGCUCUGGUCCAGAUGAAUGGUAAGACUUUGCUUCACAUCCAGAUGAACACAGCUGCACCUCUCGUCUCUCCUAGAACAUUUGUGACAGGACCCGCCUCCACUUCUGAGAACUCCACUCUAUGCAAAGCUCCUGUAUGUGUCUCCAUUUCACUUCAAUGAUUGUAAUAAAAGAGAACAAGUGGAAGAUUUUGAUAAAUGACAUGUGCUCUUA